AAAGAAAGUAUUUAUCUCUUAGUCUUUCCGUUUUGGUUGCAUCAGUUCCGGAGUAGUGUCUAAGUCUAAGAGUAAGAGUAAGAGAGUAAGACUAAGUAAAAGAGUAAGUCAGUGUCUUGUCUAACCGACACACCACACAGUGUAAACCGACCAGGCUCUCCGACUGUUACACGUCGUAGGAACGUCCCCUCUCGCCAACGUAGUGUUAAGCGAAAAGGGAACUUGUGGCUACACACAGUGUAGUCUGUACUGUAGCUGUACAGCAGUACAGAAGUAGCAGAAUGAGUGGCGGACUAGCUCCAAGUAAAAGUACAGUGUACUUGUCUAAUAUUCCUUUUUCGCUUACGAAUAAUGACAUCUACAAAAUCAUGGAGAAACAUGGUAAAGUAGUAAAAGUAACUAUAGUGAAGGACAAGGAGACACGACAAAGCAAAGGUGUAGCGUUCAUCCUGUUCUUGGACAGAACCUCCGCCCAUAACUGUGUUAGAGCGAUGAAUAACACACCGAUGUUUGGAAGGACGGUUAAAUGCAGCAUCGCCAAAGAUAACGGACGUACGACAGAGUUUAUACGACGAAGAGACUAUCCGGACAAGUCACGCUGCUACGAGUGCGGGGAGUUUGGCCAUCUAAGUUUUCAGUGCCCCAACAACCUGCUAGGAGAGAGAGAGCCUCCAAAAAAGAAGGAUAAGAAAAAGAGAAAGAACAAAGAUGAUGCAGCAGAGUAUGGAGCGUCUUCACAGAUGGAGGAGAAAGAGGAGGAAGAAGAGGAGGAAAUCGAAGAUCCUGCACUCGACACACUAGCCGCAGCUAUUCAGUAUCAGCAACACAGAAUAGAGGAGGACGACUACAGAUAUAGAGUGACAACGGGCGAGUACAGUGGCGCCGAUGGUGGCAGCGUGGAUACGGCUGACACACGGAAACGCUUCAAGAAGAGUGAAUACUUCAGCGAUGAGGAAGAGGAAGAUGAAGCGAGAACGUGAUCCCUGUUCGUCCGAUCUCAUUCUCCUGUAUAUAUACCACGUUAAUUCUCCACAUCGCAACCAUAUGAGCGUGAAUGUCAAUAUUGAUAUACGUGCUAUCCGACCAUGUAUCACUCGUUCGUUCACUCUGUAGGCAACUCGUGUGGUGGGGAAAGUAUUUGACCCACCUCUGGUGGGUUUGUAGACUAGAGAAUAUAUGCCUAUUGGAAGUUUUAUUCUGUUCAGUGAACUCUGCUGUUAUUGUACGAUGUCCUGGUCUUCUUUCUCGAUACUCUUGCUUUUAUGAUAGGUGUUACCUUUUUGAUAUAGAGUUAGUUACACAUGCCGUUUUUGAUCGUAUGGUGUAUCAAAGUUUCAAUGACAUUUAAAACUGUACUAUCUACGUUGUACAUAGAUUGUGGAAUGCAUGAUAUAUAUUAAUAAUGAUAAUAAUAAUGUAAAUACAAUAGAAAAAAAUCCCAACACAUUGUUCAUCUUUUAAUUUACUGUCACCGAUGUGACUUUUCAUUUUACAUUGAUGCAAGACUUGCCAUCUAGACUCUAAUACAAAAGUAGGCAUAUUUCUGUACAUAUUAUUUACAUAAUACCUCAUUAGGAGUUAAUAA